AUGGCGACCGGACCUGUCAGUCUGGCCCCUGCCAGCACCGAUCCCCAGCCCCUCGUCGGCAACACCCUGCGGCCCACGCCAGAACUCCCGCCUCCAGCCGGAACCCCCACUCCGCCAGGCAGGCCCGCCACCAUCGCUCCUCCUCCCGGCCUAGCUCCUUUGCCCGCCACCAGUGCUCCACCCAUCCCAACUCCUCCAUCACUACCAGUUUUUCGCUCUGCUCAGCCUCCUCCUCUGCCACCCGCAGCUUCGCCACUCCUCCUUAGAGCGCCACCUCCUCCUG